UUAAAGUGCUGCACUUCCUGCUUCUCUCCGAACCAGGAAAUAAACAAGUCGGUGGUCUGGUUUAAUUCACAGGCGGUGUCCUUUUAAAAUAGCAUUGGAUUAUAGCUAUUUGGCUAAAUUAUCGCCUGUCACCAUGGCCGGCUUCUUCAAGAAAAAGACAGUAGAUGAUGUGAUAAAGGAGCAGACCAAAGAGCUGAGAGGAACCCAGAGACAGAUCACCAGAGACAGAUCUUCCCUGGAGAAACAGGAAAAACAACUGGAGAUGGAGAUUAAGAAGAUGGCGAAGACGGGGAACAAGGAGGCGUGUACCAUCCUGGCCAAACAGCUGCUUCAGCUGAGGAGACAGAAGAACAGAAGCUACGCCGUUGGUUCAAAGGUCACCUCCAUGUCCUCUCAGACCAAACUCAUGAACUCCCAGAUGAAGAUGGCAGGGGCCAUGGCAACCACUACCAAAACCAUGCAGGCUGUCAAUAAGAAGAUGGACCCUCAGAAGAUGCAACAGACCAUGCAGAACUUCCAGAAGGAGAACAUGAAGAUGGAGAUGUCAGAGGAGCUGAUUAACGACACGCUGGACGAGAUCUUUGACGAGUCCGGAGACGAGGAGGAGUCUGAUAGCAUUGUUAACCAGGUUCUGGACGAGAUCGGCAUUGAGAUAUCAGGAAAGAUGGUGAACGCUCCUUCAACCAGCAGAAACAACCCCACCUCUUCUGCCACCAAAUCAGACGGCAUCUCAGACGAAGACAUCGAACGACAGCUCAAAGCCUUGGGAGUGGACUAACACACACACACACACACAUCCUGUGCCUGGACACACACACACACACGACUCCCCCUGUUCAGUUUCUGACAUGCCUUUUCUGGGAUAUGGUGACACUAUUAUUUAAGUCUAUAUAUAUAUAUAUAUAUAUAUAUAUAUAUAUAGACUAUCUGACUAUAGAUGGCACAUGGUGUAGUUGUAGAUGUCCUGCUGUGUAUUGGGUCUACGCAGUGGGCCACACAAGGAGAGUGAAGAACAGGGCCACCACGUUCAGUAGCCUGACGUUGUAGAACGUCGCUGAUACAAUAAAAUGUAACGAAUAAGAGCCUCAUUCUACACGUCAGAGAGGCGUGUUUUUGUUCUGUACAGCACGCUCCUAUCUGAACGUUGCAAAACGUUUUCGUCCUACUGAACGCGCCCCUCCCCAGGUUUCCCACCUGUGUGGAGUUUUAGAACAGGAAGUAAAGGACAACACUCAUUGUCAGCCAUAUCUUUUCAUUUUGAAUGCAUGAACAGUAGAAUCUGAAACUACCUUACCUUUAUCCCUGUGUCCCCCCCCCCCCCACUUAGCCCCACCUCUCCCUGUCCCCCCCCCCCCUUAGCCCCACCUCUCCCUGUGUCCCACGGAGACCUGGGCUUCUGAGGCCGACUGGAUCUCCAUGUUAUUACAUUACCACUUAGCCCCACCUCUCCCUGUGUCCCCCCUCUAGCCCCACCUCUCCCUGUCCCCCCCCCCUUAGCCCCACCUCUCCCUGUGUCCCACGGAGACCUGGGCUUCUGAGGCCGACUGGAUCUCCAUGUUAUUACAUUACCACUUAGCCCCACCUCUCCCUGUGUCCCCCCUCUAGCCUCACCUCUCCCUGUGUCCCCCUCUAGCCUCACCUCUCCCUGUGUCCCCCCCCCCUAGCCUCACCUCUCCCUGUGUCCCCCCCCCCCUAGCCUCACCUC